GCGGCUCUGAGGCCGGCGCGGGCGGCGCCACUGGGCACGGGCAGUUCCGCCGCGCGCAGCCAUGGCGUACGGUGGCCUCACGGUGCCUAUCAUCGUCAUGAGCGUUUUCUGGGGCAUGGUCGGCGGCGUCCUGCCGUGGCUCGUUCCCAAGGGGCCCAACCGCGGUGUUAUCAACACAAUGCUGGUGACAUGUGCUGUUUGCUGCUACCUAUUUUGGCUGAUCGCGAUUCUUGCUCAACUCAACCCUCUCUUUGGGCCGCAGUUAAGCAAUGAAACAAUCUGGUACCUUAAAUUUCACUGGCCUUAAGGAUGUCUGUCCUCUGCUGCAAUUUAUUGACUAGGUAAAGAAGAUAUUUCCUCAAGAUGAAAAACUCCACUGACCCAAAGAUGCCCUUAACAUAGCUGGUUGGAUACCAAGCCUGCGUUAAUGCCUUAACCUUUCGACUGUGCUUCGAAUGGCUUGUUCAGAGCCCUGUAUUUUUUCCUACUACACCAAUUGCCUAAGGCAGUUUAUACUCCUCUUUGGUACUGUAAAUUUUUGUCUGUUAAUUUCAGAUCUAAUGAAAAUUUCUGAAAUUUUUAUGGAUUAUAGAGUCAGCUUUCCUGAUCAUUUUACUCACUUUCUAAGAGCACUGUAUAUAUUUUACAGGUCCUAGGUUAUCUGUUACUGUGCUGCCCAUGCCUGUUCUGUUUGACUGCACUUGAGAAAAAAAAACGUGCAAUGAAACUGUAUGAGGAGAGGAGAAACAGUGGUGCCACAUGUCAGUGGCGUUUAUUUUUUAAAAUUAGCUGUAUUCUUGGGAAAUUUAGUCUUAAAUUUCUCAUGCCUGGAAAUAAAACUAAU